AGUUGAACAGGUAUCUCGGUGGCGCCUGGACGCAGAUUUGAGAGUCCAAGAUGGCGGGUCGUACCAUAUACAGUGUGGUUAAAACUGCAUUUGUCUUAUCGCAAGCUUUGUUUUAUGUCGGAGCUGUUGUGUUUAAGAUAGAAGCGGAAGACAUCGCCCUUGGACCAGCUCAAGGAAACGUGAUGUUGAGGUCGAAAGCGUCGCACUAUAAAACGCUUCUGAGAGGGGAGUUCGACAAGGGUGCGCUUCAGCAGACGUUUUGUUUGAAGAAAUCGGCCAAUUUUUCCAUUUUGGACGUUCGCUACUCCAAUGACGGCCACACAAAAGAUCUGUUUGAGGUGUUGAUCGACGGACGGUCUUGCGGUAAGAAGUAUACCCAACCGGACACAAACUACGGUCAUGUUUGGAACGACUUUAAGAGCACGGGACCUUUCGACAACGUCCUUCCCGUCGAAGCUGGAGUUCACACCCUCAAGGUCAUUGUCAGAGAGUGUGACAAGUUUGGCAUGGAGUUUGAUGAAAUAAUGGUCGAGAUUUCUGAUCCCGACUUCGACCCUGACGACUUCCGCUGCAAAGCAGUGUGUGUUGAUGGGGAGAAGAAGAGCUAUCAGUCCCUCCCCACUAACGCUGGCAUCCGAAAGGCAGGAAUUACUGUCCAGGUGGAAGACUCCCAUUGUCCCCUUGACGACAACGUCCACGUGAAGUUCUACCAUAACCUUGCUUCUUCCUUUGUCCUUAAAGGCGUUCAUCCAAACUACAGGACCUCGUUGAAGGAGAGCGCUGAGGACCUGAGCCAUUGCCAACACGCUUCGUCGUCAAUAUGGCGAUACACGGGCUUUACAGUGGACUCCAGCAGCGUCGGCAGAUCUCUGCAACCAGUAUCAGGCCUUGCUGACAUGGAGGUGAAGGACACAGGGUCGGGAUCCUAUAUCGUGGAGGUCACAUUUCCUCUUGAGGGUCCUACUACGGGACAGUAUACUUCAAGCAUCGGGUCGAAACUGUAUCUGAAAGCCAUCAAUGUCACAGGUGAAUUGAAAAUCCCAUUUAUGUUCAAGAAUGGACGAGCAGCUGAAUGGACAGAAGGUUUUACUGUGACCUUGACCUCUGAUAUGCCCGACGGGAUGUGGGUCAUACCUGAUUUCAGUUGGAGCGAAGGAAAGGGUAACAUGGUAAAAGUCACGAUUCCAACAGGGGUCGAGGUCGAAAGUUUUGAGAUGCGCAUGCGUGAGGAGGCGGGUGAGAAAUUGACGGAGAUUUGGUCCAAUGCUUACUACACGAUAGAGGGCGUGAAGUACGACUUCUGGUGGUUUUCCCCGUCCUACAUGACCGUCAGCUGGUUCACGAACACCUCCUACACUCGAGUGUUCGACUACAUUCGAGUAAAAGCUACUCCUAUUCUCGAACCCGGAUCGAAGAAAGUCGACGUUUUUAUCAUUUAUCAAGAUGGCCGUGUACAGCUUGCACCACUUCCCCUCGAAGGUCAAGAAAGGGAAAGGGUUCCUUUCGGCUCUCAUGCAGUGAUCGGCGGUCCUGAUUCAAAUCACGUGAGACCAAAUUCACCAAUUAAACGUAUCGACAUCAACGUUGGUGCGCUGGACUUCGACGUCAUAUUCACCGAUGGCGGCUUUGUCAAGUUGGAGCUGACACCCGGCGUGGAAGAAACCAUUUUACAAGCAAGGGAUGUCACCUACAAGAUGUCCCCUGACCACUUCCCAUUCAUGAUGGUCGAGGCCACUUAUAUCGAAGACGGCAUGUCGGAAAUUGACCACGUGGCUGCUGACGGCGCCAUCUUGAGACACGUGCAAGGACUUACUCCUGACGAAAUCAUCAAUGGCACCUCGUUUGCGUUCUUCAGACGCUGCAUCUCGCGACUACAUACCCAGAGUGCGGAUCUCAUCGUGAACAUGUCUGAUUAGCCUUGCGUUUCAAAAAGUAUAUAUACCUAUAUUUUUAUAUAUGUUAUCAACCAUCCUCCAAUUCAGGACUGAACACUGGAAGAAAGAGCAAUCUCAUUAAAAAACAGAUCUAAGUUCUCGCUGCCGCUAAACAAAGAUCUGAGGACAUCCCAUAUCGGGUCACGUCAGAACGACCUUGCGCGAAAUUUGACUGACCACUAAAAUAACUAACAAGAAGUCGACACCAGCCAAUUAGAAAGCAGCUUUCUCGAGCUUUACGGCACUCGUUUCAACCUGGCGACUUACAUUUCAGACUACGCUUGAAAAAUAUGUUGACACAGUUCUCGAUUA